UUUCGAUUGACAUGGCGGCUGCAUCUGCGAGCUAUUUCCAGAGCCGCGCGUAUUUUCUGACUACGACGAAAUGUCAGGCCAUCCAUUGAGCCGACUCGAGUAAUUAAAAUGCCUUCAAGUUCAAAACGGCCAUUGCAGCUUCAAUCGACGGUCGACAGCUAACAGCAGGAUGAGCACACCAAAGCCCCGCGAUCAUCAAGGCCUUCGCCUGUUUCUUGUCGAAAUCUGUGUUUGACUGCGUGCUUUAGUGUGGUGUCUGGAUUAGUUCGUGUUGAAUUCAUAGUUCUACAUCGAUGUUGCAGUGGAAACUGAUAUGCAAGCCGGAGCAAAUGAUGUAUACGAGCUUCUGUGGGUUAUACUCAUUGGAAUGAUGUUUGCUCUCAUCAUCCAAUCGCUGGCUGCUAAUCUCGGAGUGACCACUGGCAAACACCUGGCUGAGCUAUGCAAGGUCGAGUAUCCACCGUUGGUGAAGUAUUGUCUAUGGCUUCUGGCUGAAGUGGCCGUCAUAGCCGCCGAUAUACCCGAAGGCAUCUCUCUCUCUCUCUCUCUCAUUAUCAUGCCCUUCAUCAUAUCAGGUCGUAGAACUCAUGUUCGGUAUCUCAUAUUUCCUUUUACGAACUAUUCUUCAGUUGUCACAAAUCUUUAUCGACUUUUUCAUCAAAUGGAGCUGCAUUUACAAGCGUGA